UGAUGAAGUCUGUUCACUGCUAGAGUAAAGCAAUUACAGAAUCUAAAAAAAAUUUUUUUAAAAAAGCACAGAUGCGGGUGGUGCGCCGGGAGGCGCAUAAACUAGUUUGUGUGGUCACGAUUAACGACGUAAAAUAGUUCGUCAUGAGCCGAAUCGCGUCGGAAUUUCUCUGGUGACGUGAGGCGGAUUAUUUUUACGCCACAAGAAGCUUUUAUUACCGCUAAAGUUGCAAGUUUGCAUGUUGGCGAGCCCGCGCAACGGAUUGCUUUUUAGAAAUGUACUGUGAAUCCUCUACUUGCAUUUGCAGCUGGGCUAUAUGUGAAAGAGAAUGAGAGCCAGUGGAUGCCUGUGUCUCCAUCAGUGCCAGUGUUUCUCCAUGAGUUCAGUGACGGUCUCCGGCUGCUCCAAAUCAUUGCGCACGGCGCACCAAUUGAAUAAAGACACUCUGUCUCGGCUGUUCUCCAUCAGAGGGGUUUGAACACCUUAGAAAUUAAGGCACUUGAUUCGAAGCGUUUGGACAGGUGUGAUUGUGAAUACAUCGCGCACGCAGCUGGAUUUUCGGCGCAUUGGGCAGGAUUCAGCACCACGGCUGCGGACAGCUCCCGUUCCCCCGUGACGCGCGUCUGGAUGGCCGCUGCUCGCGUCUCUCUGUCGCUUCUCUGAUCCGCUCUGUUCGCGAUGGCAUCACACGGGUUUUGGUUUUUAGGUGCUGAAAACGCGGCUGGAAACGGCAGUCAAAGCCCGAACACCCCCAGAGCAUGGUGUCAGGCGGCGGCCCAGAAAUUCAGCGGAGGCAUCGGCUCCAAAUUAUGUGCUCUGUUAAAUGUCGGGGAGGCUGAGAAAGCAGCUCAAGCCCCAGUUAAAGCUGAAGAUGAGCCUACAGCCGAGAGCUGCGGCUGUAAUAAACCCUGUAACUGCUCCAAAGCCACCGCGUGUUUCUCUGAUCUCUAUUCAACAGAUCUGUUACCUGCAUUGGACGGGGACGCGAAGACUAUGAAUUUUCUGCAGGAGGUUGUUGAUAUAUUGCUGGCUUAUAUAGUGGAAUCUUUUGACAGAUCAACGAAAGUGAUUGAUUUUCACUAUCCAAAUGAAUUGCUCCAAAGGAAUAAUUGGGAGCUUUCGGACGAACCCGAGACUUUAGAUGAUAUUCUGAUCAGCUGUCGCGCUACGCUAAAAUACGCCAUAAAAACUGCACACCCCAGGUAUUUCAAUCAGCUCUCCACUGGGUUAGACAUGGUUGGCUUGGCUGCGGAUUGGCUAACGUCCACUGCCAACACCAAUAUGUUCACCUAUGAGGUGGCUCCAGUCUUCGUGUUGUUGGAGUACGUCACGCUGAAGAAGAUGAGGGAGAUCAUUGGCUGGCAGGAUGGCCGCGGUGAUGGAAUAUUCUCCCCGGGUGGCGCCAUUUCCAACAUGUAUGCCAUGCUACUGGCUCGCUAUAAAAUGUUCCCUGAGGUGAAGGAGAAAGGAAUGUCAUCCGUACCUAGACUGGUGGCCUUCACAUCUGAACAUAGCCAUUUUUCAAUCAAGAAAGGAGCAGCCGCACUUGGAAUCGGUACAGAAAGUGUCAUCUGUAUUAAAGCUGAUGAAAGGGGUAAGAUGAUUCCUUCCGACCUUGAGAGGAGGAUCAUUGAAGCCAAGCAGAAGGGAUACGUGCCGUUCUUUGUCAGCGCCACGGCCGGCACCACGGUUUAUGGUGCCUUUGAUCCUUUGAUCGCUAUAGCGGACAUCUGUAAGAAGCAUGAUAUCUGGAUGCAUGUGGAUGGAGCAUGGGGCGGAAGUUUGCUAAUGUCCCGGAAACACCGGUGGAAGCUGAAUGGAGUCGAGAGGGCUAAUUCUAUGACCUGGAACCCUCAUAAAAUGAUGGCUGUGCCCUUGCAGUGCUCUGCUCUGCUGGUUCGAGAGGAGGGACUGAUGCAGAGCUGCAAUCAGAUGCAGGCCUGUUAUCUGUUUCAGCAGGACAAGCACUAUGAUCUGUCCUACGACACAGGGGACAAGGCCCUGCAGUGCGGCCGCCAUGUGGACAUCUUCAAACUAUGGCUAAUGUGGAGAGCUAAGGGCACUAUUGGUUUUGAGGCUCAGAUUGACAAAUGUCUGGAGCUUUCAGAAUAUCUCUACAACAAGAUCAAGGACAGGGAAGGAUAUGAGAUGGUGUUUGAUGGAAAGCCUCAGCAUACCAAUGUGUGUUUCUGGUACCUUCCACCGGGUGUGCGCUACCUGGAGGACAAAGUGGAGAAAAUGAAGCGUCUGCACAAGGUUGCCCCUGUAAUCAAAGCCAGAAUGAUGGAGUAUGGAACGACCAUGGUGAGCUAUCAGCCGCAAGGAGACAAGGUCAACUUCUUCCGUAUGGUCAUCUCCAACCCAGCCGCUACCUUUGAAGACAUUGACUUCCUCAUUGAAGAGAUUGAGCGACUGGGACAGGAUCUUUAAAAACUUACGACACCAAAACCUGUUAUUCUUGUGUCCCUGGAUGGAUCGAAUUUUGUUGUGAAUGUAACGGUAAAUCUUUGAUUCCUCUUCUCCAAAGUCACAUAAAGAUAGUAUGAUUUAAAAAAUGACAAAAUGAAAAUAUCUAGACUUUAGUAUUGUAGCGUUGUUGUGGGCUUCGUGGUCCAAAGCCCUGUAAAAGUGUUACCGUCUGCUUUUACUGUCUAUCUUAGUGUCUUUGACAUGACUUUCUUUGUUUACAUGUGUUUAAUGAGAAUAUGAAGAGUUAUUUGCUUCUAUUCAGUGCAGGUCAUAAGUUUCUAUUUGACCAGUUAUUCAAAGUGCCAGAUUUCAUGAAUAUUAUAUAUGACUGUAUUAUAAUAGUAAAGACACAUAUUUAUCCAAAACCAUUUCAUUGUACCUUAAGCUUUUGCAAUCACAGACAAUAUGUGACUUACGUUUUACUGAUUUGUCAAGAUUCAGAACCAUUAGAAGAGUUUUGAGCAAUUGAGUAUUGAGUGUGACAAUGAAGUUCAUUAAUAGUUGACAGAACUUGACACUAAUUAACGUGCAAAAACAAGCACAAAUAUAAUGUUUGACUGCACUGGAAAACAGUAUUGACAAGGCUGCCGUCAUCUAUAGUGAACAGUUACUUUAUAUAAACAUGUCUAUGUUGACAAAAAAAUGUAACUUUAAAAGGUAAAAGUUAGGUCCUUUAUAUGCUACUUUGCUUAUAAAAGUGGACAAAACUAAAAUUGUAAUAAUAAAAAAAGAACAAAAAUAUAUUAAAAUUUAGCCUCCCAGAAACCCCCCCACAAAUUUUCUCGACUCAUCCUGCUUGCAGAAUAAAAUGCUCUUUAAAAUGAGAAUUACACUUCUUAACAUGUACAAUUAAUAAACAAUAUUCUUUGUUCUUUUAGUUGGAAAUUCUGAAACUUUAUUCUUGGAAAAGUGCAAUAAAACAGCAUUUGAAUGGCGGUUAUUCUUGAAAACUCUGUGCUGCCCAGGUAGUUGUUCACUUUUAAGCAAGUAAAAUAAAAAAGAAAUCAAAUAUUCAUUCUAUCAGCAAUGUCCCCUGAAAAGAAACAAUAGCACAUGCACAUUAUAUACUGUAUUUAAAAAAAUCUAAACGAAUUUAGUCUAAACGUGUAGUAACACGCUUUCCUACAUACAUAAUAGCAAUAGAUUUCUUAAUUUACCAACCUGUUCAUAUACUUAUUUAGCUUUCUUAUAUAGAAUUAUAGAUAUUUCAGGGUAUUAACAGUGCUAAAUUUAAUAUUAUAUAUAAACUCCAAAAAGAAAAUAACACAUAAGCAUAAUAGGGUUCUGCCCUAUGAUAGUGUAAAUAGACUUUUAAGAUGUUCUUGACCAAGUACAUAUCUAUGUGAAUACAUUACUGUACUGUAUAUAAGCCAGAGUCUAUUUGUGUGGUAAAAAAAUAUUAUUUUCUCUAUUCAACAAAUAUUUAAUCAUAAAUGGUUGUGUGCGCGUGUCAGAUGUGUUGAAUAUGAUGACUUGUGUAACUGCAAAGAUAUGUGUAUGAAGGAACUGGCUCCAAAUCCAAUUGAAGCCACUGCAUUUUAACAUACUAACUUGAAAUGAUUAUUAUAGCACAUUUCGGUAGUUAUGAGAACCAUUUCUGAACCAGUGAUGGUUGUAUUUGUGCCCAAGUGAUAAACUUGACAUCCUGUGCCGAUUUGUAUUUUUGUGUGUUUGUAACUGUAUUGCCUUAGUAUUAAUUGCCAGUAUUGUCUAGUUCUCCUUAAGAGGAGCUUGUGCACUUUAGCUUAUAUGUAUGAUGAUCUGUCCAAUGGAUGUUCAUAGUUUGAUGUUUUAAGAAACUGAGCGUUGUCUGAAUGUGUCCCAGCUUGGAUGUCCGUUCAGGAUGAGAGUUGCUUUAUAGUUGAAAUCCUCUGUAGAUUUGCUAAUGCUACGUUACUACCUGUAUCCUUACAGGACGUUAUAGUCAACCCUGCUGAAAAACAAAACUGAACCCAGCCUAAUCUGGUCUGAGACGGUCUCCCAGCCUGGUCAGGCUGGAAGUCCAAUUUCACCCAGCUAACAACGGCUAGUUUAAUUUGCUUUUUCAGCACAGAAGGAAUGCUAAGUUCGUAAUUUUUGAGAUAUGAGUGUUCUUUCUGUCCCUUUUCAGGAUCGACAAGCUGUGUCACAUAGUUUGUGUAUUUUAAGCUCUUGUAAUCAUGACAAACGCAUUGACAUCCUCACCGUGGUAGUCUUGGAACGCCCACCGUGCCGUCUUUCCCCGCUGCUGCUGCUACAAACCUGCUCUCUUUGCACGUGCAUGAACGCCUCGCCUUCCGAGCUUGUGAAAUACAAUCCCAGAUAUUCACAUAUAUAUAUAAAUAGUGUAACCUGAUGUUAGUUUUAGUGGCAAUAUGGAUAGCUUAGCUUCAAAUAUAUAGUACACUUUCGCUAGCUUGCUCACUCUGUGUUAGCAUUACCCAACGUAUUUAUCUGCUAAGCAAGCAUGUUCUGUGUGGCUAGAAGUUGUAUGCUUUUGCAACCGUAUCUCUAUCUUUCUCUCUGUCUUUCGCUUUGGUUGUUUUCCGCAGCUUUAAUAUUAGUGUGUGUAGUUUCUUGGCAUGCCUCUAUAUAAGCAUAUUCAAAGUCUCAAUGUUUCUCUAUCGCACUCUCUCUUCUUCUUCCUGUGUGUCUUUCUCUCUUGCUUUGCCCCGUAGCAGCUCUCAGACCUUUAAGAGCAGUGUUUUCCUGCUGUUUCUCGGCUACCCAACAUGUCCAUCAGUUUGUCGAAUGAGGAAGUCAUGUGUUGUCAGGGUCACCCAUGUGACCGGAUGAAUUCUUUUUUUUCUUUCUCACCCAGCAAUGCUUGAAAGAAAAGUGAUUAUCUGAAGAAAUGACGUUCAGAUGGAAGUUAUAAACCUAGUGUGUGGAAAUUAUAUAGAGAGAGGCAGAUAACAGACCCUCUUGAAAUGUGUUUUACUUUCAUGGGAAACACCAAUAAAUGUUACUGCCAAACAA